ACGAGAACUUGAGAACUCGCUCAGAGAUAUCGAGUGAUAGUACGAAGAGAGAAAAGGGAAAAUAGGAGAAGUUCGGCAGUGUAAGAAAUAGGAGAAAUAUAAGAUAUCAGAACUUUAGUGACUACCAACGAAGUAACACCUGUUUCAAUUAUCGUUCCACAUCCAGAAGUCUCUAUACCUCUCGUUAACCAGUCAUUUCAGUUGGCGUACGAGGAUAGAUUUUUUAGUGAAGUUUAAUUUUUUUUUGCAUGAGAUUUUUUUUCGCGUGUGAAUUAGCGUGCAACUUUAGUGGAUUGGAAUAUAUUCCACGAAUUUCAUCCAAGGAGCUCGGCGUAAGUAGAUUUUUCCUCCUUGUGAAAAGAAUUUCGCAUUCCGCCAAAUUUUUUUUUGGGCUUGGUUUCUAUUGUUCUGAGAGUGCCUUUUGUGUGAAAAUCUUUUAUGCCAGAACAAAACCUCGCUUUAUUCUUUUGUGGGAGAUGAAAAAGUGAUAAGUGACAUUUUUAUCGAAUUGUAACUUCUAUAGAGAAAAGCCAUUGCAAAACGCCAUUUUGUGAAAACGUGUUAAAUUUUGUCGACGACAGUUUUUCUACACACACAUUUUUCGUAUCACACAUUUGCAGCACAUUUUUUCCGAGGAUCACAUACACCACCACAAUUUUCUCAGUGUGCGAACCAGUUCCCCAGACGAUUCCAGCGACCGGGAACGCAAAAGAGAAUUUCCGAACGAACUUUGACAGUUCCGAAGAAGUGUGCGUAAGCUGCGCGAGUGCGAGCAACGGAGCUCACCAACACCGACAACCCGAACGACGGAGCUAGUCGGCUGGUCGGCAACUGGCGAAAGUAAACACCAACGACAUUAAGUGCAUCAGAAGUGCAUCGGAGGUCAACGAACUCGGUGUGUUAGUGCAUCGAACAAAUUCUGCCGCCACCGGUGGACAAGUUUUGUGGUCAGCCGACCGGGAUAGUGAGUUGUGCCUGAAGUUGUGCUGCUGCUGUUGCUGAAACGAUUCGUCGGAGCUGUGCAUGUGUCUAGUGUUGUGAUUUUUGCCAUCAUCGAUCAUCGCUUUGCUGGUUUGCUGCUGUGUGGAGUGCACUGUGGAUUGCGAGGUGGAUUGUGGAUGCACAAGUGCAUCUGAAGGAUUUUUGUGUGCUUUUGAUUGCUGCUGUUGUUUUUCGGAAGGAUUUGAACCGGAUUUUGGUAACGGAGUGCAACGUUUUGCCUACAGGGCUGUUUCCGGAUCGUUAUUUUUUGCAUCGUAAAUCAGGAUGACUUUAACAUCGAUUGCGGAUCCUUAUGUGCCAUACUCAAUGCCAUUCAGCCAAUACCAGGAACAGCUGGAAUGGAUUUUUAAACAUAAUGAAUUUCCAGAGGACCGCUACAAAACGUCAUUCCUAGCUGUUUGCGGUAAAGAAGUUUUUAUUGAGUUGAAAAGGCUUUUUCCUGGGAAAAAUUUUAAUGAGUUAACUUACAAACAAAUAACGGAUGAACUAAAGAAACGCUAUGAUAAAAAUGACUUUGCUGUUGUACACAGCUACAAAUUUUGGACGAAGAGGCAAGGUCGGAAUGAAUCGUUAGAAGAUUUUGUGAUAACCGUGAAAAACUUAGCUGAAAGGUGUGAUUUUGGAGAAUUCAAGGACAGGGCUAUUCGCGACAUGUUGGUGAUUGGAGUUAACGAUACUCAGUUGCAAAAGAGAUUGUGUGACGAAGAGGAUUUAUCUGCUGCGAAAGCGGAAAGACUGAUUCUCAAUUCCGAGAUUUCAGCUAGUAGGACAAAGCAACUAAAUCGGGAUGAUGACAGGCGUGUAAGCGUUGUAGCAAGAUUGGGUCACCGACCGGACAUUUCGCGAUCAAGGAACAGAUUCCGAAGUAGGAGUCGUAGUUUUGACAGGAACCGAUCGUUUUCGUCCAGAAGUAGAAGUAACAACAAAUAUCAAAGCACAAGAGGUUCAGGUAAACCAGUUUACGUUUGUUCCUAUUGCAAAAAAACUGGACACACUAGGAAGUUUUGCUACCGUUUACAUGGCAAAAGCCCGCGUAAAAAUCAGGCCAGCGUUAAAUUUGUUGAUACUCCAAAAGCAUCCUCUAGCAAGUCAUCUAGCUCCACCAAAGAUUCAGGACUUUUCAAGAGAUUAAAGGAAGAUUUAGAUUACGAGUCAGACUAUUCCGACGGAAUGCCUUGUCUUAUGAUUUCGUCCGUCAACAAGAUCAGCGAUCCCUGCUAUGUGGAGGCUUUAGUUAAUCGGACACGUUUGACCAUGGAAAUCGACUGCGGUUCAGCGGAGAGUGUGAUUCCGGAAGAGUUGUACCUGCGAAAUUUUGCAAGCUGCGAGCUGCAGCAUUGUAAUAAGAAGUUAGUUGUGAUUGACGGAAACAAGUUAAAAGUUGUUGGAAGAAUUUUUGUGGAGGUACAGCUCGCUGGGAAUCAAAAACAGCUAAGCAUGGUUGUUUUACGUUGUAAAAACGAUUUUAUCCCGCUGGUUGGCCGCACAUGGUUAGACGAGUUCUACGCCGGUUGGAGAAAUACGUUCACCAACCCUCCUUUGACUGUGGGGAACAUUGACCUGGCUGACGAACAGAAAGUUGUUGAAGAAGUAAAGAGUAAGUUUGCGACGAUUUUUACAAAAGAUUUUUCUAGUCCGAUAGUUGGUUUUAAGGGAGAUUUAAUCUUGAAGGAAGACACACCCAUUUUUAAGAAGGCCUACGAAGUUCCAUUACGUUUAAGACCACAAGUAAUUGAUUUUUUGGCAGAUUUAGAGAAGCAAGGAGUCAUCACGCCUGUUGAAGCCAGCGAAUGGGCUUCACCGGUUAUUGCCAUUGUGAAAAAGGAUCAAAGUAUUCGUUUGGUGAUAGACUGCAAAGUCUCCAUCAAUAAAGUUUUGCUUCCCAAUACGUAUCCUUUGCCUGUAGCGCAGGAUCUGUUUGCUACACUUUCGGGUUCAACAGUUUUUUGUUCUUUGGACCUAGAGGGUGCUUAUACCCAGCUGCUUUUAACUGACCGUUCGAAGAGGUUCAUGGUGAUUAAUACCAUCAAGGGCCUCUAUACCUACAAUAGGCUCCCUCAAGGGGCCUCAUCUAGCGCAGCAAUAUUCCAAAAGGUCAUGGACCAAGUGCUUUGUGAUUUAGAGAAUGUUUCGGUUUAUUUGGAUGACGUGCUGAUAGCGGGGAAGGAUUUCAACGAUUGCAGGAAGAAACUUUUUUUGGUUUUGGAAAGGCUAGCCAAAGCCAACAUAAAAGUAAAUUUGAAAAAAUGCAAGUUUUUUGUUUCGCAAUUGCCUUACUUGGGGCAUGUUUUGACAGACAAGGGAUUGCUUCCCUGCCCCGACAAAGUUAAAACCAUCCGUGAAGCGAAAGCUCCACGGAGCGUUUCAGAAUUAAAGGCAUUUUUAGGACUUGUUACUUAUUAUUCUAAGUUCAUUCCUAAUUUGUCCACUCGCAUCAGCUGCCUUUACAAUCUUUUGAAGAAGAACGUGACGUUUUGUUGGACAGACAACUGUGAAAAAUCAUUCAACGAUUGUAAAGGAUUUCUUUUAAACCCAAACCUUUUGGAAUACUUUGACCCGUAUAAGCCUAUAGUUGUAGUAACAGAUGCCUGUAGCUAUGGUUUAGGAGGUGUCAUCGCUCAUUUGGUUGAAGACGAAGAAAAACCAAUAAGCUUCACCUCAUUUUCCUUGAACACCGCCCAGAAAAACUACCCAAUUUUGCAUCUUGAGGCACUAGCAGUUGUAAGCACCGUAAAGAAAUUUCAUAAAUUUCUUUACGGAAUGCAUUUUACUAUUUAUACCGAUCACAAGCCUCUAAUCGGUAUUUUUGGCAAAGAGGGUAAGAAUUCUAUUUCGGUGACACGUCUACAGAGAUACGUUAUGGAGCUUUCAAUUUACGACUACGAUAUUGUGUAUCGGCCUUCAUCCAGGAUGGGAAACGCCGAUUUUUGCAGUCGUUUUCCUUUGGCCGAAGAAGUCCCUAAAGAGUUGGCACGAGAAUACGUCAAAAAUUUAAAUUUUUCUAGCGAAUUUCCAAUCGACUACAAAGAAGUGGCUAAAGAAACUUUGAAUGACGAAUUUUUACAAACGAUUUUGAAAUACCUUAAGCAAGGUUGGCCACAGAGGUUGGAAAGGCGUUUUGUCGACGUGUAUUCUCACUACCAGGAGCUUGAAGAGAUUGAGGGUUGCGUUUUGUUCCAGGAUCGCGUAGUGAUUCCUGAGAGUAUGAAGAACAAGGUACUUAAAAUGCUUCAUAUGAACCACUCAGGGAUCAGUAAAAUCAAGCAACUAGCGCGAAGGACCGUCUACUGGUUCGGACUAAACAAGGACGUGGAGGACUACGUAAAGGCCUGCGUGAUUUGCCAUCAGAUGACAGCGAUCAGCAAGAAGGCGCCCUACUCCCGGUGGAUUCCAACGACUAAACCUUUUAGCAGGAUCCAUGCCGAUUUUUUCCACUUUGACCGAAAAGUUUUCUUAGUUGUCGUUGACAGCUUUACCAAGUGGAUUGAACUAGAGUACAUGCGGUAUGGAACCGACUGUAAUAAAGUCUUAAAGGUUCUUUUAGGAAUUUUUGCCAGGUUUGGACUGCCGGACGUUGUGGUUACUGACGGAGGACCACCGUUCAACUCGGACAAAUUUGUGACGUUUUUGGAAAAUCAGGGGAUUUUGGUGAUGAAAAGUCCACCGUAUCACCCGGAAAGCAAUGGACAAGCGGAAAGAACUGUACGGUUGGUUAAGGAUGUUUUGAAAAAGUUCUUCCUUGACCCGGAAAUGAAAAGUUUGGACAUUGAAGAACAAAUAGCUUAUUUUUUGUCAAAUUACCGCAACAUUUGUUUAGAUAAAGGCCAGUUUCCUUCUGAAAGAUUACUCUCUUAUAAACCAAAGACUAUGUUGGACUUAAUUAAUCCCAAGAACAAAUUUAGAAACCACUUGACUAACUCGCAUGAUGAUCCUGAUUUACACACUGCAAAAGAUAACAAAAAGGCUGAUGUAUUUACCACACUCAGGAACGGAGAUCUGAUUUAUUACAAAAACAUAAACACUACAGACAUCAGAAGAUGGUUACCAGCCACCUUUUUAAGACAAGUUUCUGAUGCUACUUUUCAGAUUUCUCUUGGGGGAAGGAUGGUGUUGGCGCAUAAGCGUCAGCUCAAGCUGCCGUCUUACACUCACCGCAAAGGAACAUUAGUGUUCCCAUUUGGGAGUGUGAAUGCCCCUAUAAACGAUCCAGCACUCAUUUUAUCGCCAAAUCCGGUAGCAGCACCAGUUUCGUCAUCUUUAACAAAUCAAGCACCCAUUUUGUCAUCUGUACCGUCAGUAGAAUCUGUUUUGUCAUCGUCUCCGGUAAGAUUGCGUAACGAUGUUCGUAGUACGAGCAAAAGAAGAAGAGAAGAAGAUGAACAAGAUUCCGAAGAAGUUUCAAAUCCAGAUUUUGAGUUCUAUGGCUAUCCUGCCGAUUCUUUUAUUUUUGCAAGUGAUGAACCUGAAAUAGAUUUGCAGGAUCAGGUUUCUGAUCCACUUCCAGUGGUUCCGAUAAGAAGAUCAAGAAGAAGGAAUAAGAAGCGAAGAAGGAGUGAUUUUGUCUACUAUUAGUAGUUUCGAAUUAACUAGAAAAUUUUAAAUUGUAAAUAUGUAUAUUCCGAUUCUUUUAGAAGUUAAGCAUAAUGUGCUUUCGAACAUUUUUAAAGUUCAAAUGAAUUAGAUUAACCUUUUAGAAAUAAAUGAAUUAUUCUUGAACUGAAGGAUGGAGGAGUUGUAGUAGUGACGAGAACUUGAGAACUCGCUCAGAGAUAUCGAGUGAUAGUACGAAGAGAGAAAAGGGAAAAUAGGAGAAGUUCGGCAGUGUAAGAAAUAGGAGAAAUAUAAGAUAUCAGAACUUUAGUGACUACCAACGAAGUAACACCUGUUUCAAUUAUCG